AUGCAAGACGAUUAUGAGCGCGAGGCUCGCGCGCAACAACAGUACAUCGACCGCAUCCGCCGCGCUCAGGGCCCGCCCUUCUACAAUGAGGACGCCUUCCCCGCCCACGACCUCUACCUGGCCGCCGAGCACGGCCGAGCGGACGCGCUGGCGGCGGCCCUGAUCCGCGACCCCAGCAUCGACCUGAACGCCACCCAUGUCGGGGGUACUGCGGGGUUCGCUCACGAAACGCCUCUGCAUGCGGCCGCGCGGAGGGGCCGCACCGAAGUCGCGUCCCUGCUCAUCGCCCUCGGGGCCGACGUCGACGCCGACUCGGCCUCGGGGAGCGGCGUCUACUCGCCGCUGCACGGGGCCGUGCGGAGGGACUACAGCACAAGGUCCCCCCGCCCCAUCAACCCGGACAUGGUGCGCCUGCUGCUCGACUCGGGCGCCGACCCCAACCGGAGGUACUUCGAGCAGACGUACCUAUGUAGAACGGAAAUGGACGACGGCCCUGCUUGCAACCUCGUGAUGAUGAGGGACGACAUGAUACGUCCCGCCGUGCUUCGGACGAACCUGCAUGUUAUCGACCUGCUCAUCAGCUACGGCCUUGACAUCGACAUGAUGCCCAUCUGGUAUGAGGACUACCCCCGGAGUUUUGCGUAUCGGGCCCUGCAAUAUGGGGGCCUCGACAUGCUUAACUGGGCAAUCAGCAGAGGUGCCGCCGUGUCCGACACCGACUUCGACGCCUGCGGCGACGACUUUGCCCGGGAGCACCCGGAGCUUGACGAGACCCGGGCAAUCACGGAGCCCGACGAGAGCCGGGAAAUCACGGAGCCCAACGAGAGCCAGGAAAUCACGGAGCCCGACGAGAGCCGCCGUCACCAAAUCCAAGAUUAUUUCAUCGAGCGGGGCUUCCGGGACUCGGGACUCAGGAUACUCCCAUACUUUACGUACGGGCCCGGGAUCCGGUCCAGGGAGGACUUUUUCAGGCUCGUUGGCCUGCUCCUCGCCAACCUGCCCGAGCCCGCCUUUGAGAAGAUGCCCCAGGUCCUUGCCGAGGCCGUCAGGAGGAGCGACCUGCCCCUCGUCGAGUUUUGGCUGGAUUGGGGGGUCGACGUCAACGCGUGGCGUGGGCAGCUCCACGCUCCUGCUCCUGGCCAUGUCGUCAUGCCGAGAUGGGUGUGA